AUGGCUUCGUUCAAGGGUUACGACCUGGUCGUGGUGGGCUCCGGCUUUGCUGGGUGCAUGGCGGCGCUGAAUUUCCUGGAAGAGACCGAACGAUUGGGCAAGAAUGGCCGGGUCGCGCUGGUCGAAGUUGGAAAGGAGGGCGAGCGCUCGGGUGCUUCCAAGUGGACAAUGGCUUAUUUGAGGUUGGACAAGAACUUGGACUUUGAUGCCGACUGGGUGAAGGAAAUGCGACGAGUGAGCGACGGUAUUGCAGACGAGGACUACUGCGAGAAGCUACGUAUCGAAGCACCUGUAUCUGCACGGUAUCUGGAAGACCAUGGAGUCAAGUUCGUGCACCAUGACGAGCCGAACGUUCUUCUCGAGUUCAAGACGGCACAGCAUUUCGUCUUUCCUGAAGGCGGCGGCAACGCCAUCAUCAACAACUUGCUCGGUCACAUGAAGAAGUACCAGAAUCUCGACAUCCUCUAUCAGACAGAAGCAUCGCGACUCCUGACUGACGACGCCGGUGCAAUUCGAGGCUUGAAAGUCCGCAAAGGCGACGGCUUGUUGCACGACCUGCUUGCACCAAAUGUUGUGCUUGCCUGCGGUGGCUUCGAAGGCAACCAUGAGAUGCUGGCCAGAUACGUUGGUCGAAACACACACAGGCUGCCUUUGAUCGCCCCCGGAUUGAAGUACAACCGCGGUGCAGGUUUGAGAAUGUGUCUGGACGUCGGAGCGGGCACUGCAGGUUCGUUUGAUGGGAUGCACUGCGAGCUGGUCGACACCCGGUCAGGCAAGCCGGAUGCUGUCAUGUGGGGUGAGCAAUUCUCCCACCAACUUGCACUUAUCCAUGCUAACGAGCAGGAAGGACAUGGCUAUGGUAUUGUUGUAAACAAAGACUGCAAGCGCUUCUACGACGAAGGCCAACGACAUCUCUUCUCGACUUUCGAAAUGAUUGCCUUGGAAUGCUGGAAGAGUCAGGACAUGUCGUGCUUCUUCGUCACUGAUCAGUCGAUCAUGGAACGCUUCAAGGGUAGCUGGGUGUAUGAGACCACUGAAGUGCCGCCGGAGAAGGCAGAUACCAUUGAAGAGCUGGCACAGAGGAUGGGACUCGACCCGCAGGAGCUGAAAAAGACUGUCGACGAGUUCAAUGCAUCCGUCAACGACAAACCUUUUGAUCUGAUGAAGCUGGACGGCAAGUCCACCUCGGGUCUCAACCCGAACAAGACGAACUGGGCUGCUCCGAUUGUCAAAGGACCCUUCUUCGGCUUCCCGAUGACAUCUAAUCUCACGUUCACAUACGGCGGUGUGAAGACCGAUCUCCAUGCACGAGUACUGUCAACAAACGACGUUGCGAUCCCUGGCUUAUACGCCGCUGGUGAAAUGACGGGACUUUUCUACAACGAGUACCCGCCCGCAACGAGCUGUCUCAGGUCAAUGACCUUUGGUCGUCUGGCAGGUACUGAGAUCGCACAGAAGCUGGGUGGUGGACAUCCGUCGAAGGCUUCUGGUUUGGCACAGCUUGCGAAUCGUUGGUGA